GUGGAUAUACACUCGGCGUGAGAACUAUGUUUCGCCAAGCAGGUGUGAAGUCCAUCAACCGCACGACUGUAAGAUAUGCACGCGAUGUUUAUGAUUAACUAAAAUUUGCGGCCGCACAAGCAGCGAGCUUCUGCCCAGAGGAUUAUGUCAUUUCUCCAUGCACCUGCGGCAAUGAUAACGGCGGCGCGAGCGUCUAUUGCUCCGGCUCGUACAUGUCGGCGGCAGAGAUGACGGCCAUCGUUGGCCGCUUGCAGAACACGACGAUGAGUCGCCUUCAGAUCGGCGGCUUCGGCGACCUGACCGAGAUACCGGCAGGCAUGUUCAGCGGCAUGAAGAUAUUUAUGCUGAUCAUCAGCGACUCCAGCCGACCGACGAUGAAUGAGCAGUCGUUCGCGGGUAUACGCGGCCUGACGGAGCUGAUCCUGUCGGGGCUGCAGAUGACCGAGGUGCCGUCGGUGAUCUUCCCCUCUGUCAGCCAUGUCGAUUGCCUGCAUCUCAGCUACAAUCGUUUCACCACGCUGCCUGACAGAAUAUUCUCCCCCUUCACGCGACUACGUAGGCUCUUAAUUUCUAGAAUUCGGCUCACUCACUACCAUUGCACCCAACGCGCUGGGAGGUCUAUCAACACUAGCGUACUUGGACUUGUCGCAUAACAAAAUCGGGUUCAUCGAACCGGGGCUCUUUGCCGAAAUGGGACAACUCUACACGAUGAUGCUGGAAUACAAUAAUCUGCACGCUCUCGAAGCGGGCACCUUCUCCGGAUUGAGAAAAGUGUCCAAUCUUGAUCUAGAAUACAAUAGCAUCGGCCGCAUCGAUGCUGGGGCCUUCGAAAACACAGACGGCAUUACUUUCUUGAAACUAUUUAAGAACAAGCUAACUUCUAUUAAAGCCGGAGCAUUCGCGGGAUUAAACAAG